CAUCCGGGAAUCAAUUUUUAGCAACUCGGUACUUCUGUAUKGCUGUCAUAAUUCUUGUUGAAAAAGAUAAAACAAAAACGCUAGAAGUAUGUUAGUACCGUCUCCAAGCCUCAUCCGCCUAAUAGCUCUACGCGUACGAUCGAAUGCGCUGCCUUCUCUUCAAAGCAACAGUACGAGUACUAGUACCGCCCGAACUAUCAGGUCCUGCUAUCCGGURCAAUCAUCCGCAUUCUCCUCGUGGUUUGGCAAUAAAUCAGAAGGUGCGUCUCCGUUGAUUGAUGUGGUAUUGGACGAAGGUUUUGAUUUCGAACAGGUGGUUUCGUGAACGGGCACGAACGAUAGUAAWAAGUCCCUUACCGAGACUCGGAGUACGAGUACUCGUGAUUAAAAGAAGAAUGAGUUCUGGUUGCAUCACCAAAUAUGACUACAAAAACAUCAAUUUUUCAUACCCGUCACGAUUUUGUUWGAAAGGAUUGACACUUCGAUUCUCUUCAACUUCACGUAUUGUACGACUCACUAAACGAUUCAAUCAUUUCAUUGACGAUGCCRAUUCUGGAUCCAUAGAGAACAGCAACGAUGUCAACAGCUAUCACGAUACCUCCGGUACACGGUCGUCAUCUACGACCGACGCUGUCAUGGUGGAAAAGGUCAAGAUUGCGGCAUGCGGCGACAUCGAUUCCGACGACGAAGACGACGAUGAAAUGGAACAGGAAGAAAUGUUUGUAGAAGCYCAYGUCUCCCCCGCCUUUGAACACGGGGCAACGGAGUGGGGCGGACCCCGAAGGGGAGGUCGUUUCCCGGAACCGACGCGGUUUGGWGACUGGGAACGCAAGGGGCGGUGUUCGGACUUCUGAGGUAAAAGGACGCAUUUACUAAUCAACCGAACGAUAAAAAAGGGAAAUGCAAUAUGUUUGCUGAACUAAAGUAGACGAAUCGAUGACCUAACGUAUGCGUCAACCAUAGGCUAAUCGGAAUGAAAAUACAAUAGAAAAUCAUUUUACGUAAAUUGUAAKUAUCAGGAGGUGUUWCAACUUUUCAAUGCUAGUCAUUGAUUCACCAAGUAACUCGUAGRCUCAUUAUAACCGAUCACUUCYAUCCCGAACACGUAUUCUAGUAAUGCCUACAGUAUUCCCUUUACAGCAAAUCUCCUGGGCAACGAUGUAACGAGAUUAGAAUACAAGUUGCAUGUGCCAAAUGGAGACUUCAGUUCACAGGAACCAAUACUGCAUCAGGAGUCGAGAAUGGAUGUAGGCAGUAGGGAAUUACGGUGGAACAGUUAGAGAAAAAAUAAAGCUCUAUUGAUAUUUUACAGCGUGGGUGUAUAUUUUUUUGGGAUUUCUUGUUUUUCGUUUUUUCUUUGUUUUCGUAGGUCUCUUGGAUUUGCCAUUUUUGCUUUUCGGCGCAGUAAAAUAACAGUAAAAGAAUUUGUCAGUUGCCUGUUGUUUCAAAACAGCACCAGCGUAAAUUCAAGUAGUGGAAUCAAGAAAAUAUCAUGACCUGGGUAGAACGUGAUGGAGCAUGCGACAUCAAAWACUCGUGGUGAAGUAUUUAUUGAUGGCAUAGUGGUAUUCGUGUCUGAAAUGAGUGAAGUAUGAUGUACAACAUGGACGACAUUUGACAUCGCAACCAUCACAUGUAACCCAGCGGUGCUGCUUCGAUUUUAUAUCUAUUGUUUUCCUUGCAUUUCUUUACUAGGAGCAACACUCAAUAUCCUGAUCUUGUUCGUCGCUAGAAACGUCUGGAGUGACAAGUGUUGGGUAAACAGCCAAGAGAGUUUCAUCAGAAAAAGUAACGCGACGGCGCUUGAAGUUUGGUGUCUGGGAUGAAGUCGAGCAGUUCAAUUCUGGGGAAACCAAUCGAAGUGGUUGYUCUGGCGACAUGGGUGGAGAUGACAAACGGACGGGCGCAGUAUGGCGAUUUUCGUCCAUCUCGUCAUCAGAUUGACAAUCUAGUACAGUCUCCAUCGAGUCAAAACUUCGCUUACUAGAAAAGUGACGCUGUACCAUCAGCUCUUCUUUCGCACUCUUUCCAAGAGAAUUGAAACGGGUGUUGUGCUCUACCAUUGCCGUGAGCAUSGGAGUAGGGGGGAGGUUCGCUGCGUACUCAUUCAUAUCGGGAAUUAAUGUUUCUUUCAUCUGUUCUAGACCGAAGGAGAAAGACUUCAGCAUGUACGAGGGAGCUCCGGGUCCACCAAAGCGGACGAUAGCUCCUCGUCUCACCCUCGUGGGUACGACGACAUUGCUAUCGUUUGGCGUCGAGCUGAUACGGACUCCAUUGAUAAAGGUGCCGUGAGCACUGCCACAGUCGACCAAGUAACAAGAACCAUUUGUGUGAUGGAAGACCAUAGCGUGUCUMCGAGAGGAUGUGACGUGCAUGAGUUGUACAUCGGAUUGGGGAGAUCGCCCAACACGAAAUACUGCUCGGGAUGUUAAAUCCACAGGUGCUUGUCGCUCUACCGAAUCGAAAACAGGCUGUGACGAGACAAAGCAAAGGAAUAUGCAUUAGUAUUGGUCUGGUUCUGUAAGACAAUAGGCAUGGAUGAUUCUGAAKUACAGAAGUUGCUCAAUCCAUGCUCACCUCUAGUCUCGAUUCUCCGGUAGCUGGAACGGCCCAUGAAGGAGCCUCGUAUGUGGGUGGCGUUCUUCGUAGGGUUGAUGGAAUUGUUCCAGAGAACAGGCUGUGUUGUGGUUGAGUUGUUAGUUUUUGUGAUUCAAAUGUUUGUUCUAACUGCUGUUGUUUCACAGUACUGAGCUGUGAGCAAAGCUGCUUUGCAACGCAGUUCUCGUCCUUUUCAGAUACAGCAAUGUUUGAUUUCAAAAACAUAUCCUGACGGUCUGACGACGUGAACAUUGGAAGAUGAGGGGCACUCUGAGGGCGUCUCGUUGCUUCCUGUUGCAUCAUGGAGAGCGCUAUCCGAGGUAUCGAGCCGCAGAGACGAACAUUGACCUUCACAUGAGCUUGCGAUAGGUGACUCGGCAGUACAGACGCUGUCAUGGCUAUUUUGUUGUGUGUUUAAUGUGUGUUUGGGUGGGCUGGGCCGUUGGAAGAGUGAGAGAAGAAUAGCAGAGCUAGUUCUCGGAAACUAAGGAAUGGGUGGGAAAGAGAAGGAGCCAAAGAAGGCCGGGUGAAAACCCAAGGCUACUUGUUUAGACUGUUCUCUGUAUUAARUUAUCGUGAUGGAGAGAACAUGAAAGGAUAUWAGUUAGAAGCUAUCAGGGUUGAAGGGGUUGCUUUUGGUGCUGUAAUAAUCGUUGUACGAAAYGAUAGUGUUUUCCUUCGGAGACAAYUUGCAACUCGAUGGGAMAAAGCAGAAGCAGUUUUGAAAGGUGGUGGUGMAGAUGGAAAGGAAGGUGUAUUUGAAGGGAGCUCGCAAUCGCAAAUCAAUGGCUGGCUCGUGCAGCACACAAAAGAGUAGAAGCGUUGAAAACAAAAAAGGCGUGGCUAAUUUUAUCGCACAUGACACGUCCCGUAUGUAAAUUCGGACGCAUCAUGGCAGCUGGCGYGCAUUGCGUACGCAAGUUUGACAUCAGACUGUUUCGAAGAACAACAGAGUCACAACUUUAACCGCCSAAAUAACGGCUCAACGAGCGAAUUGGUAGAGUUCUCGGUCGAAAAAUCAGACCUCUCAAGUUUUGUAUCGAUCGAGAACUGAAUGCAACCACGAAUCAAYACGAGUCGCAAUGCAGCAAAAUUUGGGGCUACGAUGAUCGCUGGAACACUUACCGUUUCAAAAAUACUCGUAAGGUGUUUAUUGCAUAGUAAAGAUGAUGAUGGGAGGGUUGUUCAAUUGAAUCGAUGUACGAAAGUGUUAACGAAGCGCUAUGGUGUGGGGUCGAGGGUUGUUUUACGAGACCUUUCACGAGGAAUCGAUUCACAAAAUUGUGAAACUGGGAAAUUCGGUUCGCUGGGGCCCGUAAUUUUUCGGACAGCUGUUUGCUAAUUUUGGAAAUUUUAACGUGAAAGCACGAAAAAUAAUGUACAACAAAAUUG